UUGAUUUACUUCAUUCCUGUAGUCAAUAUAGUUUCACCUUAAUAAAAUAUUAUAAUUUACUAAUCAUUAGUAUAUCAUUUCCAUAAUGCGAAACAAGCAAAAGUAAUUACGUGUGAAGUGUUGGGGAACAGACCGGUGUUCUGAGUACUGUGUUAACCAAAACUGUUUCCAUGUUCUGGGACCAUGUUUGUCGAAACAAACAAAUUCUGCAGGAGUUUGAGGAAGUGGCAGUUCACAAGACCAGCGUGUCUAUAUUUGUAGUAUUGUUCUAUUUGGAAAUGCUCUAUAUACUGAUAAUGACACUGUCGAUACUGAAUAGACUGAACCAUAAUAAUAUGGCGUCUUAGUUUUGAAUUUUACAUUUUACAAUCUAUAUUUUGUAAACAAUGAUUGAUGAUAAACUAAUAAUUUCUGAGAGGGUGUACUUGAGCAAGAACCCCGAUGUGUAUGUACAGAGCAGUUCACUUCAACACUAUCAGGCAGAGGAUAUAAGGUUCCUGUUUAAACAGCAUGUGACGAAAAAGCCUGGAGUCAUCUUCAAGGAGUCAGUUAAAAAUGAGAACUCUUUUCAAGUAACUUUAUUUAUUAGCGCAAUUGUUGGCGCCUUAGAGAAGCCUGUGUUGAUACUGUGUGAUGAAAAUGACAUGGGAAUAUGGAGUGAUCAUUUUCAAAAUAUACAAAGUAAUAAUGAUAUAGCAAUCAAUGAAUCUAACAUUUUCCUUGAAAGGAAAAUAUUUAUUAUCUCUAAGGAAAAAUUGGAUUCAUACCACCGUCGCGAGUGGAGUGUAAUUGUUGUCAGUGAUGAUUCUUUUCUACAAUACAAGCAGAUUCAUCCCAAAUAUAAAGCGGACUACAAAAUAUGGUUGACAACGAUAGACAUAAAAGAUGAUUUAGGGUCUUUUUCAUUGGUUUACAAGUGGUUUUACCCCAAAAAGGAAUUAGAUGUAGAAGAAUUGAAAGUGGAUAAGGCUGAUAUUAGAGAAAAGUUGUCUAAAGUUAUAAGAAUAGAGGCUUCCCUAGAAGAUAUGGUCUUGAGUCGGAGCAAUAUUUUAACCUCAUCAAAAACGUUCCAGUAUCAACCGGUAAACAGAGUAAGCAGAAAAAACAAAGAUGCUACUGGGACCAAAAUUAAGCGCUCAAGGAAGGUCAGUGUUGACAAUAUAGAUAAACCUACUUUAAAAAAGAAAAAUCAAAGCAGUGUUACAAAUGAUUACACUAAUAACAAUAGAAUAGAAAAUAACGGCAAUAGUAGUAACAUACAAAGUGAUGUUAGGGAUAAGUCUAAUGAAGAUGCCGAAAACUUCAUUUAUAAUAAUGAACAUACAAACGAUUAUGAAGUGACUAAUCCAGAAAUUAGUAAUAUUCUGCGGCGCAGUGCGGAAAAACCUUUUAAUGAACUUGAUGUUAACAUUGAAAAAGAUGCAACCAUGGAAAUACGAACCAAUAAUAUUUCCCAAGAUUUUGAGACAGAAGAUAUGCAUUUGAAUUAUUCCGAUGAGAAUAUAUCGCAACAGGUGCAUGAAAAAGAAGCAGAAGAAAAUAUGUUUGUAGCUCCAAUGGAUAUUGAUAGUAGAAAAGAAAAUUGUUUAGUGACCAAAGAUGAAGUUAGUGAAUUUGAAAUUGAUAAUUCUAAUGACACUUGUAAAAAUAAUAAUGAAGACGACAUAAAAGUAAAUGUAUAUGAAGCUCCAAUGGACAUUGAUAGUAAGAAAGAUUUUCCAGUAAUAGGAGAAGAAAUAAAAGAAUUUAAAGUUGAUGAUACAAAUAGCACUGCUCUUCAUAACGAAACGAAUGUUAAGUCUAGCAAUUUUGAUACCAAAUUAGAAGAAUUAGAAGAGAAAGUUAUGAAAAAAUUUAAAGGUUCUUUACUAGACAGUAUAUUUUGAAUUGUGCUCAGUCAAUGGAUAUUGUUUAUUAUAAAUGGACUUCAAUAUUUUAUAACUGUAAUAGAUUUAAGUCACAUGAAAUUUAGGUAUACACAGAAAGUAUACUGUGUAUUAUACACUGAUGUCUUCUUUUGAUUUAAUCAUCACCAUCAUCAUCUGCUUCUUCCUUAACCCCUUUUUUUGGGUCGGCGUAAUGUGAUGAUUGAUUUGAUAUCACGCCGAAUAACUAUUAUGCAAUGGAUAUUUAAAACUCUAUAAAGACGAAUAAUUAAAAUCUAGCUACUUUAGGUGUUGGGUCGGUCUAAUAUUUGAGAUAGGACAGCGCUCUUCAUUGUUAGAUACUUAAAAAGUAAUCUACGUAUUGAAGUCUCCAAUAAUAUUGUCAUUAUAUUUGUGAGGGACAUUGGAGGUAUGUACAAUAAAAUUGUAGACACUGC